AUGCUUUCUUUAUUUGUUAUUUUGAAAUUUUUCAUUACACUAUCAUUUUCGGUCUUUGUUAAUAUCUCAAAAUCACAUUUUUGCAAUGAAAGUAUCUGUAAAUUAUGCUGCAAACCAACUCAAAGUGGAUGUGUAAAUGGAUUCGUUCAAAAUUAUAGUUUAACACUCUCUAGUGUUAGUCUAGCCUGCCAGGACUGUAAUUGUAGUAAUCCUGAGAUAGGUUGUGGUUGGGCUGGUAGAAGAUUUAAAAGAGUAGAAUGUAAUUCUUGUUCCACAUUGUUAGAGUUGUCUGAGAUGAAUCCAGAUUUACCAAUUGCUGGCUGUGGAAGAUCAAUUAUCAGCGGAGCUUUAAUUUAUACUUCUUAA